AUGCGUAAACACUGCUCCGACUUCAUCGCAGCACCUGCCGUACCUCGAAAAUGCGCUAAGUACUGUCAUCUCAACCUGCACGUAGCCGCAAGCCCACUUCAUCUCCUCUCCCCCUUCGAUCCUGCAGUAAUGCGAGCACUAUAUAUUGUGUAUGCGCUGCCGAUUACGAGCUCUUACGUCCGUAUGACACAGCUCAGCGGGAACCGCAGCGGCUCGGUGUCACCAUGUUCUAGUGUCAAAUUGGGGAAACAAAGUCUUGCCUUGCUCUCUUCUCCCCAAGGACAGUGCCGCUUAUCUGUUUCUCUCAACAUCACUCGGGCAAGUUUGAUAGAACCCAGGAAGCGGACCUUUGCCCCGAUCGUCAGCCGAUAUACGCCACCAACAUGGAAGGCCUCGUCAGGCUUCUCGACGACAAAUACUCCGAACACUCGUAUCAGCGCUAUCACGGGACUGGACGGUGGCAUCGUGAUCGGUUUCUUCAACGUGCUGCUCGUCAACUACAAGGCCAAAACCUUAUGUCGCUUUCCAACACCUUUCACCAUGCCACGGCGGGUGCCUCGAAUGCUAAAUCUCAGACAUUAUUCCGUUGUGUGA